UAACCUUGCUUCAGCUGGAUUCAACAAGGAUUUUUCACUGAAGUUCUGUUAAGUCCGUUUUUAACAAGCACAACUUUAUAAAUAAACAUAAACUUUUUUGCUCUUUUUUUUAAAUGAAAUAGGCAAUAAUAUCAGGAAAGAAUGCCUGCAUGGAGCAGUUUGGGCGGAAACGCCUUUAAACUCAUUUCGAGAAAACUCUUCUCCCAACAGAACUUAAUAGUGAGAAACAUGAGUGAACGCAAGAUGAAUAUCACUUCAUCCAGAUUUCAGUGGCACAAAUUCAAAGAUCUAUUACAUUUCUACACAUUGCUUGGCCUUAUACCUGUUGGCCUCAUAGUGUUCUACGCUAAUGUGUUCAUCGGUCCUGCCCAACUUGCUGAAAUCCCUGAAGAUUACACUCCUAAGCAUUGGGAAUACUACAGCCAUCCAAUUACAAGAUUUUUGGCCCGUUAUGUGUUCACCCCACCUCAACAGGAAUAUGAAAAAUAUUUACACGUACUUUAUGAGGAAGACGAAAAGAAGAAAAUAAGGCUUCUUGUAAAGGACGUGAAAGAAAAGAUGAAGGAAAGAUCGGAUUACAGAGCUUUCUAUGUUAAACCCUUUGAUGGCAAAUAUUAUCGCAUUGCCCGUGAAAGCGCUGAGGAAAACGCAAAUAUUGCUGGCUUCAGUUCUCCUAAACCAUAAGGGCAAUUUAAUAUUAUCAAUAAUGUAGGAAAAUUUUGCUUCCAGAAGAGAAGCUUUUGUUAUAUAGUUUUAAUAAAACUUGUGUUACUUACUAUA